ACAGUGAAAAAGCAGCCUUUUCAGAGGGACGUGGGACGGCUGACACAUCUAGAAACUUGACAUCAUAGAACUGGUCAGUGAGUCUUCACAUUUCAUUCUCAACUCUCACAAAAGGAAGAGGGUCCCUGCGAUCUCCUGGAGAACCCAGAUCUACCAGAAGAGAGAUUCACCCACCGAGGGAACCAGGACCAUGAGGAUUUUCUCGGUUUUACUUUGGAUUCUUUUCCCAGGCUGCUGGGCGGUGACGGGCCCCGGGGCAGUGCGUGGCCUCCUGGGCGGGUCGGUGGCUGUGCGGUGCCGGUACCGGGCGGGCUAUGAGCAUUAUCCGAAGUUCUGGUGCCGGGCAGGAGGUUGGUUCUGUUCCGACGGUGUCAUCGUUGAGACCGACGGGUCGGAGGUGGAGGUGACGUGGGGCAGAGUCUCCAUCCGAGACGAUCACACCCACAGCAUGUUCACUGUGACUGUGGAGAACCUGACACUGUCAGACGCCGGCACGUACCACUGCGGGGUGGGGAAGAACUGGAAAGUUGAUCCCACGGCCACUGUGACACUCACCAUCUCCCCCAGUGCACCAAACCUCGUCCUCUACAUCCUGAUCCCAUCCAUCCUCCUAGUUCUGCUUUUCAUUUUGUUCAUUGCUGUUAAGUUUAGAAGAGCAUCGCAGAGGAGGAGCCAAGCCCUUGAGGACACACCAGGACAAAAGGAUAAGAACGUCUAUGUCUGUAACACGAAUCCUGGGCACAAGCCUCCCUUCAGUGCAUCAGAUCCUGCUGCCACGGGCCAGAUGGCAAUCUAUAUGAACGAGCAGCACCUGCCCAGCUCAGCUGAUCCAGCAUCUGUGUAUGAAAGCAUGAUCCCGCAGAGGAGUCAGGUUUCAGGACAGAGAAAAGCAGUUUUUUCUGGCCCACAGGACUGCUCAGCCACAGAUCAGCAGGACACCUACGUCAAUAUGUGCCCAAUCACACCCCGUCCCCCCAUGAUGUGUCAUCAAGCAAAGUGUGGGAGAAAAGCUGCAGGCUGAAGCCCUUCCUACUCACGGGAUAUUUAACAGCUCUUCCUUGUUUUCCUACUGUCCCAUGAAAGCUUCCGGACUGGCAUUCCCUCUACCCUCCUUCUGCUGCGCAAUCUGCCAGUGGCAAGAUGUGGUGGGGAGGUCCCACUUCCAGCACGACUGUCUUCAGAAAUGUACUGGGGGCCAACAGCUACUACAAAGUGCUUCUCCUUUCCUGGACAUCAGCUUGAAACUGCACAAAGUCUUGGUGGCUCCAGUUCCUGAAGGGCUGGAGGUUUUCCUCUGGUGCUCGUUGUGGCAUCUCUCUGCUCCAGCACCACAUAAUUGCUCAUAAAACUUACUUGGUGCAAAGGAGCCUGGUUCUGGGGUCAGAACCUCAGGAUGAUGAGGCAACUCUUUGGCUGGAGGUGAUAUGGGGAACAGGACCUCAGGGAGGGUGUGGAAAUAACAAUGGGAAGACGAGGCAGAAGGAAACAGCUUUGUCCUUCAUUUCCCCAGUCAGCGUGGAGUUAAUUGUGCUGGAAUCUUUUUACCCCCAAUCUCAUGUUAACACAGUGACUUAGAACAAGAAGGGCACAUGGAUUCCCCCAUUUGAUAUAGGCAGGGGUGGCUCUAGACAUUUCGCCACCCCA